UACAAGUGAGAAGUCGGUGUUGCGUGAGGAGUAUGUGAUAGCUGCUGCUGUUCUUCUCAUAAAACAUAAACCGCAGGCUCCAACCAAUUUGCGCUUGCUAAUUUUGGGCCAGCUGUGAAAGUAUACGGCUGUCUGCACCAGAUGUAUGCACGAAGACUUGCAUCUACGCGUAAAGUGUGGUACCCGGGUGUUUGUGAUUGCUCUACACUAUUUCUGGGGUUCACUUCCAACCCUCCGAGUGAAAGCUGCCGACGUGACAGUGAUAGGCAAUGAUCUAAGGAUUAAAAAAUGUUAGGAAUCGAACAUGUGCUGUACUCACGCACUGCGGCAAUUGCUCACGCCUGUUCCUGCAGACAUGUCAUCUCCGCGAACUUUCUCAAAAGGCUGAGUCGUAGGCUGAGAGCCUAGGCAUGGGGGAGGCUCACGAGGACCUUGUACAGCCGGGCCAUGUCAUCAAAGAGCGCUGGAAAGUGGUGAAGAAGAUCGGAGGAGGUGGGUUUGGUGAGAUCUACGAGGGCGUAGACAUGGUCACCAAGGAGUCGGUCGCACUGAAGCUAGAGUCUGCCAAGCAAGCGAAGCAGGUGCUGAAGAUGGAGGUGGCUGUUCUGAAGAAACUGCAAGGUAAAGAGCAUGUUUGCAAGUUUCUCGGGUGCGGGCGCAACGAGCGCUUCAACUACGUCGUCAUGAGUCUGCAAGCUAAGAACCUGGCAGAGUUACGUCGCAGCCAGCCCCGUGGCACCUUCUCCCUCAAUACCACCCUGUGCCUCGGUGCGCAGAUGCUGAAGGGUAUCGAGUUCAUCCACAGCGUUGGCUUCCUGCAUCGUGAUGUCAAGCCGUCUAACUUCGCCAUGGGCAAGCUUCCACAUAAUUGCAAGACUGUGUACAUGCUGGACUUUGGCUUAGCGCGGCAGUACACAACAGCACAAGGAGAAGUGCGGCCCCCUCGUAGUGCAGCUGGAUUCAGGGGAACCGUUCGCUACGCAUCUGUAAAUGCACACAAGAACAAGGAAAUGGGUCGUCAUGAUGACCUCUGGUCACUAUUCUACAUGCUUGUGGAGUUUGUAGUAGGCCAGCUGCCAUGGAGAAAAAUCAAAGACAAGGAGCAGGUCGGUCAGAUAAAAGAGAAAUAUGACCACAAGCAGUUGCUCAAGCACAUGCCGUCCGAGAUGAAACUGUUCCUUGACCAUGUGGCCCAGCUGGACUACUACAGCCAACCGGAUUAUUCCCACUUGCACUCCCUCUUCCAGCAGUGCAUGAAGAGAAAGGGUAUCAAGUUCUCGGAUGCUUACGACUGGGAGAAGCCGUAUAUUGAUGGCUCCUUAACGACAACCACCAGUACCAGUCCACCUGUAGCAAUCAAGGACACUCAGGGACAACUCGGGGUGCUCGGUAGGACCGAGGACGUCUUCGAUGAGAGCGCACCGGACAAAGCCAAUCCAGACGCGAAGAAGAUCAUCAGGCCGGAACAUUCCACGAAGGAGAAGCCGCUGAAGGACAUCAGUCAGCCGGAGAAGAAGGACUCGCGACACGAGGAGGACAACCGGGCGAAGGCGGAGCUCAUCGACAUGCUGCACCAUGCCAACGGCAAGGAGAAGGAGGAUCUGCCGGAGAAGAAGGUGAACGGUGAGCUGCUGCUGCCGCCCCCGGACAAGCUGCGCGACCGCUCGCGCCGCAGCGACGCCGACGGCGACGUCUACACGGAGGUCAGCUUGCCGCUGGCGCCCAAACUCGCCGCACCGCAGAUGACCGCGAGCUUCAACGAGGCGUUUGCCGUCGCCAACGUCGCGCUACCGACGCCGAGCAAGGAGGAGGACGCGCCGAGGUCCGGCGUCCGCGGGAAGGGGAAGCCGAGCGGCGAGUUUGGGGCGGAGGCGAAGGUCGCGCAGAGCGACGUCGACGUCAACGUGAACAUUGUGAUCCCGGCGAGCGAUGUCGCGGGGCCGCGCGUCGCCCCCGCCGACCAGCAGCAGGAGAAGGCAAAGGAGGUGAGCGCCAGCUUCAGCCUGCCCGUCGUCAACAUGCCGCCGGUCGACAUCAGCGCGAGCCACGCCAUCGCCAUGGCCGAGACGGAGGCGGCCUCUAUGCACCAGAAUGCGUACCGCACGAUGGCGCUGACGCUCGCCUCGCGCUGGGCGAUCGAUUCGAGCGACGAGGAGGACGACAUGGAGGAGAUUCAGACCGGCAAGUGGGAGGACCCUACGUUCAAGCAGGCGCCCUCGAUGGCGGCCAUGGAGGCUGACGCCACCGUGAAGGUGACUCGCUCUCCCGUCAAGGUGCCCUCGUUUGGCUCGGCGAAGCAGCUGAUGGUGUCGAAGCGCGCGGCUACUGCUCCGUAUCUGCGGCGGCGCAACACCGGCCCGAUGCGAGGUAAGGAUAAGGACAAACGCCGGAGCCUGCCUCUAGAGGAUGCAGAUAACAGCGGAAUGCCGAACGGCGCUGCGGACGCUGACAAGGUUGAUCGUCUGCACCCGCUGGACGAGCAGGCCGCAUUCAGCGAUGAUCUUCGCCUACGAACGGUGAGCACCGGCGCCAUCUAUGACGAAGUUCAGCUACAGGUGCCGACGGCUGGCGAGAAGGUGCCGCCGUCCGACUCGCUGAAGCCUAAGGGCAUCCUGCGCAAGUCGCAGACGUGGGUGGACUCGUGGAAGGUGGGCAGCAGUGACUGCAUAUCGGACGGCUUUGACCGCUUGGCGCCGGACGGCUUCAGCAAGCAGCUGCGAGAGCAGGCGACUGCGAGCCCGCUGAGCUUUACGUGCAACGAAACCGAUUCUAGUCAAUUGAAGCAGCAGAGUGGUGCUAUUGGUACCAACGUGGAGGUGCCCACUGUGGCGGACACGGGGCAGCCGAGCUCAAAGUUACGGCCCCUUGGCGCGCAGGCGGAGAACGUGUUAAUUUGUGAUAAAAGGCAAGGCCGAAAUAGUCGUGACGUAGCUGUGACGCAGGCACGGGCUUCUGGUGGCAAUGAACAGAUAGGCCUAGCAGCUGCUCCGUUUCAUGAUGCUCAAAUGGUGCUUGAGGAAGAUGGGCAGACAUCUUUGGCUGAAAGGGACCUCGAUGAAAUGCCAUUCAUACCUGUUCCUAACAUUGUGUAUCCCGAGGUUAGUCAGCCAGCUGAUAUGUCUGUUAACAGCUCAGGACAAAGGGAAAGUACUGCUGGUGAAAUAGGUGUAAAAAUAGAUGCAUCCAAAGAAUUGAGCAAAGAGUCUAAAUCAAAUGAGGUAACGAAGAAGGAUGUAAAAGACGAGGAAGACAUAAAAGGAACGGAGGAGGAGUUAGAAGAAGAGGAGGAUAAAACACCAAAUGGUAUGGAGAGGCAGCUUGUUUCUAGAGAUGCAAAGGAGGAAAAGAGUGAAAACAGUGAAAAGGAGGAAGAAGACGAGAAAACGGCAGGUGAAAAAGAGAUGGGACCAUUCGAACUGAAAGAGCAGAUAGAAAUAGAAGAGGUGAGAGUAAGUAAAGACGAUCACACUAAAGAAUGUGAGCCCAUCAUUUCACAUGUAGUAGCUGAAACCAAAACCACAGAACAUGACAUGGGGGGAGUUAAGACACGUGCAGAUACUGAGAUAGAACUAACAAAGUGCAAUGAAAAUAGUCCUAAGAGUGAGGCAAAGCGAAUAUCAGAAUAUAAAGAGAAAGGCUGCAUGAAACCAGGUUGUGAAAGGUGUGAGGUGACUGCGAAUGUUAACAAAUUACACUUAGAGAAGGAAAGCUCUAGACACCCUGUGAAUGAGUUGUCGACAUCAGAUGACUGUAGAUCUGCGGAGAGCGUGCCACAACACUCUAAACGCGAAGGGCGUGGAAUUGAUGUGACAAAUGAAAAGGGAAUUAGUAACAGUGAUGCCAGACAUAUGCCAGAGUCUAAGGUAGGAAACUUCAAAAUCAAUAAGGAAAUUAUAGUAGAAUCACAGACAGGUAAACAUAAAACAGUAAAAGCCAAUGAAGCCAGUGAGUCUGAAGAACAUAGCCGUAAACAUCAAAUUGAUCGGAAAAUAGCAAUCUACGAAGGUAAGGCCGAUAUGUCGCCAGAGCAUAAAGAUUUAAACCAGCAGAGUACGGAUGAACAUGCAUCACACUCGAAAAUAGAAACCAAUAACAGUGAUGUAAAGAAUGCUGAUAAGAAAGGCUGUAAAUCUCUGAAAGAGAGAGAAGAGCAGUCUAAAAACGAAGAUGAUGCAGUUAAAACAGGUGACCCCUCAGCAUCUAAAGAUGAACAUGGUGAAACUGUACAGGUGAUUCCUAAGGAAACGCCAGCCCUGCCAUCUCUUAACCAGGAAUGUGGUAAUGAUGCAAAGCACAGUACUGAUCAGUGUACAGAUAUAAAACAUAUAAGGCAGAAACAAAUUGAGGCGUCACGAAAAAUAUCACCGUAUGCUGAUGACUCAGCAAUAGAAAGCUGCACGGACACCGAUAGCAUGGGAAAGAAGGAUGUGACCCCUGCAGCCAAGGUUGUGAGCCAUAUUCCGCGUCCGACCAGCCUCACACGUGGAGGACCGAGCUCAAGCGACAGCUCUGACCGAGAAGAGAUUGGCAGGCGUAGUGAGGCAAGAGAGAACACUCAGGAAAAAGUACUCGGAGAGAAAUCUCACGCUCAGUCAACCGUAGCCGCACAGAAAGUUUGUUUGCGCAGUCGUGCGGCACCAGCGAAUAGGGACAUUGCGCACCGACCGAACGCCGCACGUUGCACUGAGCAUGUGCAGAACAUGAAAGCUACAUUAGAAAAAGCAGCAACUAGCAGCACGCUUGGCAGUCCACUGCGAUCUUUGGUUCGUUCUCGCGCGGCGGUGGCAACGCUGGGAGCUUCCAGCUGUGAAUCACCGGGUGUGUCGUCAGAGUCUUCCCUGAGAGAGCAUGAGUCGAUAAGUAACACUAAAUCCAGCAGUAUCCGCCCGAUGACUAAAAGGACCGUUUCAACGACGAGUCCGAAAGAGGCAGCUCAGAGAUCCUCAAGGUAUCGAAAUUCUGGCGCUGCGAAAGUUAGCAGUCUUCUGACUGCAUCUAGCGUCACCGUGGCUCCUGUCAAACUUCUGACGGUGCAACCACUGCUGCAAAAGCCCAGCGACGUCAAAACGUCAGUUGAAGAUGAGGAGUCUGAGUCAAGCAGCAGUAGCAGCAGCAGCAGUACCAGCAGCAGCAGUACCAGCAGCAUUCCGAAAAUGACACCUCCGGUUAUUGUGGAAGAGACCGGCACAGCACACAAACAGCGGCCCCCUCAUUCCCCUGAGCUGUUUGCACCUGAAUGCAGCACGCCUACACCAAGUAAAAGGACGAUAGAGCGUGAAAGUUUGUCGGAAAGCUCCGCAUCGGAUGACGUUAAGUCACCAGCCGAUUUAGAUAUGCCUGUGAUAAAGAGGGUUCCGCCUUUGACAAGUGCUUCCCACCAUAGAACGAGAAGUGCUCCAAAGUCUUCGAUUCAGAAUGCAUCUCAGCAAAGGGCGCCAGCUGUCGUAAACCCUGCAGUGCAGCAAGCUAAGAAUACGGCCCAUGAGGGAGCGCCAGCUCUUGUGACCCCUGCUGUUCAGCAAGCCAAAAAUAUGCCCCAGCAGAGGGUGCCAGCUGCCCCUGUGAUGCAGCAGGCCAAGGGUGCAUCCCAACAGAGGGCGUCAGCUGUGGUAAAGCCUGCAGUGCAGCAGGCUCAAAGUGCAUCCCAACAGAGGGUGCCAGCUGUGGUAAAGCCUGCAGUGCAGCAGGCUCAAAGUGCAUCCCAACAGAAGGUGCCAGCUGUGGUAAAGCCUGCAGUGCAGCAGGCUCAAAGUGCAUCCCAACAGAGGGCGCCAGCUGUGGUAAAGCCUGCAGUGCAGCAGGCCAAGAGUGCAUCCCAACAGAGGGCGCCAGCUGUUGCAAAGCCUGCAGUGCAAUCGGCCGAGAUUGUAGGAGAGCCUGUAGUGCACGAUGUCCCAAAGCCUGCAGUACAGCAGGACCAGAAUGCAUCACAGCAGAAGCUAGUAGAUAAAGUCAAUCCCGCACCAUUGCAUCAUUCAGGGCAGCUAGAUAAAUCUAGCUUUGCUCAGACAGUUCCAGUUAGUGAAUGUGCCACUAGUACGGCUGGGCUAAGCAUGAUCAGUGAUGCAAGUGAGAGAGUGACUAUGGCUAAAGAACAAUCGACGACGGCACAAGCAGCUAAGAAUGCAACCAGUGCAGUGAGUCAGACUGGAGCACCACCAGCAGCAGCAGCUGGGAGAGUGACUACUACAGCAAAUCGGGCAGCUGGUGAUACUGAGGGCCAAGCCCACCAAGAUUUGGGUGCCAGUCUAACAGCUGUGGAUUUCUCGCAGACGGGCGACCCGGCUGUUCAAGUUGUGACACCUGAUGCCUUGCCUAUUGGUACCGCCUACAGCAGCAAACCUGUGAUUGCUUGUCGCAAGUCUCCCAUUGAGUCGCGGCAUGGAAAACCUUCGGAGGAGCACACUAGCAGUGAGAGCUGCGACAGUGAAAUCGAAGGACUGUUAGCGCAGAAGAGAUAUGGCGGAAGCCCCAGUGUUCCGCCCCGUGCUGCCCCACCGCCCCACCCGGGAGUGCGCAUGAGAAGCUCUGAUGGCAAACCUUUAAAGCUGAAACUUACCACCCACAUGGAUCGGCAUGGCGAGAGAGAUUUCACGCCGCCGUCCGGCACCCCUGAGCUAUUUUCCCCCGAUGACCCGCGCCACCCUCCCAGGUGCGAGAACCCCUACCCCCUCGACUUGUCUGAUGGUGGGUCGCCACUCAUGGUGGCAUAUGACUCGCAGCUGUCUCUGCUGUCUGGCUGCAGUGUGGAGGAUGAGUCAGGCAUGACUCCACGACCCCCGUCAAGGGAUGGACCGAAAACUGGCUGUAUUCGGAGGCGGAAAUAUAGAGCUGCUCGACCUCCGACCCCGAUGAACGUGCAUCAAGGUACAAGAUCACGAAGCCCCAGCCCCGAGGACUAAGACACGAGGCUUCUGUUUUUCGACUUCGCCUAACCCUCACCUCGCAAUUCAGUGUCAGUGCCCUAUUAGAAUGCUGCUUACUGCGCUUGUGGCUGCCGCCGAGGUGCAGGUGUUUAAUACCUGCAACAACGUGAGACCGGUGUUGCCAGCAGCCAUUACAAUAUUUCUAUAUUGCUGGAAAUCUCUAUGUACUAUAUAUAUAUAUAUAUAUAUAUAUGGACGCCGUCGCAGCUGUCUGUAUUCUUGCCGCCUAGUUUCACCACACCUAUGUAGCCUGUUAGGUUCUUAUACCGCCAUCGGUGAACAUUAAGGACAGAUGCCUAUAGCUUGUUGGCUGUCUCCUCUGCUUCACUGAUGGUCCCAGUUGAACAGGGUUGUGCAGAUGGCAAUAUAAUACUCAGUAUGGUCGUUGCAGUAUGUAUCUAAGAGAUGUUGCAGACAAGUGGAGAUGUUGAGCAUGUCUUUCUGUGUCAUAUUGCUGUGCGAUUUUAUGCAAGAAGCAGCUUUCUCACAUAGAGAUGCGAUUUGUGUUUUUACUGAGCGUCCCUUGUAGGACGGGAUGCUCAAAAUAGCCAUGCUCAUUUUAAUAAUUUAUCUUGUUUUCUUUUUCGGACGUGUAUUGUUUAUCAGAGUGUGUUUUAAAAGAACGUACAGUUGGAUGCGUUUUAGCUUUGCGAUUACUCACGUUUGUACAUUAGGUGGCUGAGGUCAGUAGACCCGUGCUGUUGGCUUCACAAAGAAAUUGUUGUUUAUUGUACCUGUAAAUAGAACAAAAUGGUUUUGUACAAUUGUAAAUUUUAAUUUAAAUGCGUAUCGUUGCCAAAGACUUGUUUUUUUGUUGAAUUUUUAAUGCGGUACGGUGAUGAGUGGCUCCCUCUCCCGGCUUGGCUAUUCAGUGAUGUUGGGCUGAAUGAGUAAAUGAGUCUUUCAUUUAAAAGGAAACUGUAGUUUCGUCCCCGGCAAUGUUCACUUGUUUGUUGUAACUGCUCACGUCGUUGUGUGAGAUGAUGGGCAUAACUUGUGUUCAUUCUGUCGACAGCAGCAACUGUUCAUAUUAGUAUUGGACAUGUUUAAUUUGUGGGUGAAACUGCAUUUCUACUUUAUUUCAUUGCAUAUUGCAAUAUUCAGCGGUUUAUAAAUUUUACAGUCUGACAGACAGGCUUCUACAGGGCAACUUGCAAUGUUCUAUGUAAAUAUAGCAAUUUUGUAAGAAAAGUAAGCAAGAACUUGAACUCUUCCACAAUAUUGUGGUCACCUUCCAUUCGAGUCCCACAUGCCAUAAAAAGAAAUAAUAGCCGUGUCUGGUAAUUUAUACUACUAUCGUUUAGCAUGCUAAAUUAUCACUAUAAUAUCAGGAGUGCAUAAAAACAUCGUAAGUGAAAGUAUAGGCUUUAGAUGAGAGAUGUUCACAUUCUACUGUUAUUCACCAAUCGAUGUCAAGCAACCUUUAAAUCCGGUGACAGCAUAUACUAACGAUCUCACUUGUAACUUAAGCUGGCCUCGAAGCGGGCUACACAUCAAAAGAUCAUGUAAACAUAUCUUAUAAAUUCGUUUUAAGUAUUAGGAAAUUAUAUUUGGCUAAAGUUGCCAUAUUUUAACCGAGUCAUAUUGGAGUAAUAUAACUAGUGGAAGAGGCUAUUCCGCUGGCGAGUUCCUCAGCUGGUGCUGCACAGCACGAGUUACUAGUCUAAUUAAAUUUCAUGCAUCGGCUGCGAAUCCACGGCGGGAGCUCGGAUGUAUUGCAGGAUACGUGCUGCAUCAUCUAUGCGCUCCUCUCGCAUACAGGUGACACGCAGGCUCGUUUCUGGCUGUACCUUCCAACUUUGCCACGGCUCACACUGUCGUCUAUACGUGUACGGAGGACCAGUUUUAAAUUCUGCCAGUCGGCCAUAGUGUACAUGAGUACACAUAUAGUACGAGAGUAAAUUUUGUCACAUUGGCCAGAUUUGUACUUGGUUCUGUCGCGCAUGCGCAGAUUCCAGCGGUCACAUCAAGGCAGUGACAUAUUUUGUUCAGAUGUUUCUUGACCAUUUUCAUUUUCACAUUUAGCGAUGUGAUUUCAUCUAUCAGUAAAGCUAGGAGCGAAAUCGCUUCAGAGUCAUGGAAUUUUGCGAAGUUAUGGAACGUUCAGGGAUGAUAUGUAAGAAAGGUUAUUUAUGUGAAACCAAACCCAGUGCUACAUGCGACAUGCAGAUAUAAUCAAAUAUAUCCAUUUCCAGUGAAAAACGAAAGCCUCGUGUUUUUCGCAUAGUCGGCACUAAUCUGGAAUCUUCAGCAUUUAGGCCUACUCGCUCCUGUUUACUUAAUUGGUGAUUAUAUAUGCUACAGUGUAAUAAGUUAUGCUUGUAUAAAAUAAUACCUGUACUAUGUUUUUCACCAAUAAAUUCAUAAAUGAGGCACUAGAACUUGAA